CGCUUCAAGUCAUGGUAGCGCUCAAUCCCUUCAGAGUCCUCGGCGACGUCAGCCAUACCGUGUCCAAGUGUAUCUUGAUAUGGUCUAUUCACACAAACCAGAGUGCUGAGGCGCUAUACUGCGUCGUCUUCGUUGUACGAUACCUGGACCUGUUCAGCAACUUCCAUGGAUUCCUGGGUUUCUGGAACUUUUCCCUGAAAGUCUUCUACAUCACUACGUCCCUGUACAUCGUGUUUCUCAUGACCAGGGUGUACGCUCGUACAAGAGAACGCGAAAAGGCAUGGAAGAUGGGACUCUGGAGCGUAUUGGGUUCGGUCGUGUGCGCACCUGUUGUUGCCGCUAUCUUCAUGCAGAAGNACGCCCUUCAGCAAAAAAAGGCUGGUUUGAGGUCAAUUCCGUACACUUUCACGCUCAUGCUCGAAUCGCUCUGCAUCCUCCCACAGCUACUUCUUCUCCGCCAGACCUCGGUCCCCACUGUUAUCGACAGCUUCUACCUCGCUACCCUCGGCUCAUAUCGCGCCUUCUAUAUCCUCAACUGGAUCCUUCGCAGCUUCACCGAAGACCGCCAUGAUUCCAUCUUCCCUAUCAGCUUCACCUUCGGCGUCAUCCAGACUCUGUUUUACUUCGAUUUCGCAUGGGUUUAUUGGACAAGACAGCGCGUUAAGCUGCGUUAUGGUGGUGUUGUGGACGGGGACGACAUCAGCAGAGGCUGGUUGAUCAGCAAGGUCAUCGGAAGAAGAGGCAACACCGAGCAGGAUGACGACGACGAUGCUGGUCUGGCUGGGCAGGAAGAGGGUAUUAUCCGUCCUGCUAACAACAACCACCGCGCUUGGGGUCCAAGGGGCAUUUCUGUCUCUGCGGACGAUGGCACCCAUGAAGCUGAGCACACGCGUCUGGCGGACCCGGCCGCCUUCGAGGACGACUACGAGGAUGAUGCAGUCGUGGUAAGUCCUGCUGUGUCCGAGGUCGAUCGAGCUUCCAUCAAAGCCAGAGAGGAAAGUACAGCUCAACAGGCCGGUGUCAGUGACGGUGUUGAGUGGCGCGACGAUCGUCAUAGC